AUGAGAGAAAGUACUUUUUUCCGUGUACUAAAAUAUAUCCAGGAUACAAUUUUACGAAUUCUAUUUCGAGGAAUCUUAAAACAUGUUAGAAAUAUAUGUCGCAGAGUACAUUUCAACACUCGAAGUGAGGCGAUUUUAGUAGGCGAGGACGAGAGACAAGAGUACGAAUGGCGUCCGUCGUCAGCAUGGGCCGUAUUUUCUUUCUUGAUCCUUCCGGUGCCCGAGCUGCAUUCUUCUGCAUUAACGAGGCGAAAGAGAAGAUACUUGAGUUAUCAUCACGAGUACGCGACGGACAGAAUGGAGGAAGUCGCAAAUUCUUCUGUACAAAACAAGAUCAAAAACAAUAAUCACACAAAAAACUUACAUCUGACGUCGCAUAAUAAUGAAGAUCCCGCUAUUCAGAAAGAACCACUAUUCACUUGCUCUUUAUACAUAUCGCGCGCUGGUAGCCAAGACCAAGGUUACACAGUCCAAGGUUGUGAGUUGCUACGAUCUCAACUCGAAGAAGCUAUCGUCGGUUCCGAACCGCUGUCGAUGUGGCGCGUCUCUGAAACUCCGUGCGGUUUGAUAGCCGCCUUUGCCAGAGAAAACGACGCCGAAAAACUAUUGCAACGUGGCGAUUUAGCCCGCGUAUUCGGAAGACCUGUACAAGUAGCGCGAUUCUCAGCGAGAGAUUCUCGAUAUCGUCAAGCCGUACUUCUUAGAGAUGUCCCAUGGGCCAUACCACUCCAGGAUAUAAAUUCGGCCCUGGCAAAGCAAGGAAUUGUCGCUGGAAAUGUCGAACGUUCGCGACAUUUGGUUCGAGUAGAGGUCUUUGAUGCGAGCCAUUACGAAGCCCUGUUACGUCAAGGCCUGGACUUUUUCGAGGUGGCACGUUUCAAUGCCGUCCCGGAACGUUGGUGGCGUGGUAGCGCUAACACCGCAUGUUUCUCCGGUAUAUCGUCGCGAUGCACACUGCCAGAUUACGGGAAUAAUUCUCCGGAGAUGUCGAAUGUACCGCAAACGGCGGAUGGCGUGCUGCAAUGUUAUCGGUGCCAGGGUUUUUGGCACGUGGCUGCCAAUUGUCGACAUUUGCCACGUUGCGUCCGCUGCGGCGAGCCGCACAGCGUCGAAUUCUGUCCCAGGCCACGCAAUAAUCCAAUAUGCUGUCACUGUUCCGGGCCUCAUCAUGCCGGAUAUAGACAGUGUCCAGUUAGACUGCAACUGUCCAACGCGACUCCCGUAAGCAUCACGUUGAGUACAACUCGCACAGAGAGUCAAUAUCCAACAAACGCGGCGAACAAAUCGAAUCCUUCAUGCCAUUCCUUAAGGCAAGGUCACUGUUAAAUAUCAAUGUUUCACGAGAAAAGUAAAAUUAUUUGUAUAUAAAAUUAUUAGCUUCAUUGGCAUUAUUUUCGAACCACCGUUGUCAUAAUUUUGAAAUUACAUUGACAGCGCUUAAUAAUUGUCCAUAUUGCGGAGAUAAUAAUCUUAAUCACAAGCAAAAUUUCAGUUUCAAAAAAUUUAACGACCUCAUCCAUUGCAAAUAAAAAAUGUCACGUAGCUAUUUGGAUUGCAACGUAAAAAUAAACAAUGUGUAGUAAUUUAUAUUUUACAUCACGCAAAAAAAAAAAAAAUUAUAAA